AUGUAUAUCCAAGAAACAGAAUAUAAUAAAGAAACGAUUACCGCUAAGGAGUUAUUCAAAUUAGCUAGGCGAUCGAAAAAACCAAAAAUCUAUAAUUCAAAAACUAAUCGUAUGAUUGUAAUCAAUGGGUCAGCAUAUAAUGUCUUGAUACGCGAUGGUUAUAUGCAUUGGAGAGAAGAAAGACUUUUGAUUCCGUCAUUCAAUGAAAUACCAACACUAAAAAAAUGUUUAUCUUUCGCAUCUAAUAAAAUUUGGAGUAUUGUUACAGAAAAAGGUCUUCUUACAAAAAUCGAUGGGAAAGUAAGCUUACUAGAAAUUCUGCUUAAGGCAAACUGGAAUGGAUUUGCCAUAUGUGAUUUGUUAAAAUUAUGUUGGAAUAGUAGAGAAACUCGGGAAUGGAGAAAUAAUAUUCUCAUAAAUUUCCUCCAUCACCCAAAUUUAACUCCAUCGAAAUAUAGGCCAAAUGCCUUGUAUGAUGCAUUCAGUAAAGCAGACGUUCUAG